AUGACAACGACAGAAAAGAUGUCUCAGCCGCAGCCGCCGCCGCCGCCGCCGCCGCCAACCGUCAUGAAGCUUCCGCUCCAAUGCGCCCGAGGAUUGAACAAGGUACAACGACACACGAGGCACGGCGACCAAAAACGUAGAAAGGGGCGUGGCCUAGCGUGCACGGUUUAUCACCAUUAUGGCGCGAAAUUCGAAAUUUAACCCGCUUUUUUUUUCAUGUUUUUCGUCAAAAAUUACCGAAAUUUUGUACGAUUUCGACGAUGUAAUUGCAUAACUUUGUUAAACUAAUCGCCGCGCACUUUUUGAGCUUAAAACGAGCAGGUUUCAUUCAGAGAAUGAAUCAAUUUAAUCGAUUUUCAAGUUUUUUUGCUGAAAAUGCGCGAAUUUCAGUCAUUCGCCGAUACUUUUUGCCAUUUGAACGCUUAAAAUGCUUGUAUUAACGUGCUUUAUCACUUCCGACACUCACUUCGUCUCAAAACUAUCCAGAUGGGCCGGUAUGAAAAUUCCGAAAUUGCGGCGGCAAUUGGCCGCGGAGAGCGUAAUGCGAAAUAUGCCAAAAACGUCUCAAACGCGGCGUUUUUACAAAAAUUUCAAUGUUUUCUCGCUUUAGUGUCUCUUCUUUCGUCGAUAUCAAACACAAAAAUGGCGGAAAAGUGCUGAAAUUGCGGCAAUUUUCAGAAAACGCGUCUCAGAUUAAGCCACGCUUAUUUAACCACUUUUGGUCGCCGUGCGAGGGGUGGCCUGGGAUAAAAAAAACCCACUAGUAUUGUUUCAGUUCAUCGCCCUCCCGAGCCUGCCCAACUCGUGUGUCCACAAAGAAGACGUGCUGCACCGCGGCUCGGUGAUGAGUCUGCUUCGCACCAAAAGCAGCUUCUUCUUCCUGCCCGACGACAUUUCGUCGCUUAAGUACCGUCCGAUCUUUGUCACCCGCCACGGCUACAUGAUCAUUUACGAGACGGACGAUUCGGGACUGCUCGUCAACCUCCGCUCCGCCAGCCACGUCAUCUGCGUCACUGAUCGCUACAAGAGCCCCAACCGGUGUUAUGUGAGUUUGAGGCGAAAAGAAGUUGACAAUCUUUGUGCUUUUCAGUCGCGAUGCCACAUUAAGAUCCGCCUGCCGCGUGGCAACAUUCAUUUGUUCGUUCGGAACAAUGAGAUUCACAAGUGGACGUGUGCGAUCAACGACGCCGCCGCCUCGCUUCCCAGAAUUCAGUGGAAGAAGACGUCCGCAGCAUCUGGAGCAUCUCUUAAAGACGUCAAGACAGAGGAGCAGGAGGAGAUUCUGAUGAUGACUGCUGUGGAGCAGGAAACGGACGUUCAUGAGUGCUUCCCGAGUGCUCAGGAAGAGCUAUUUGUGGUUGAGCAGCAGGAAGAGCCAGAGCUCCAAGAAGAGGAAGAAUCCGAUCACGAAGAAGCGCCGAGGUCACAUUCUUGACCCAUUUCUUUCUGAAAAUGCAAUAUUUUCAGCCCGCUGACGACGCCGUCUGUCCGUUCUCUCCGCCAGAAACUGGAGAGCCAACUGGUGAUGCGAACGAAGGAGGAGGUGCUCGCCGAGCAACUCCGCCGGCCCCGCCAGUUUGUCUCAUCGCUUUUUGUGCCAUGCUCUCUUGCAGCAGUGACGGAGGAGCCGGAGAAGGAGCGAGACGAGGAGGAGCACGAACUCUCGCGAGUUUUCAGUGAAGAACGGACGGUCGUGCUGAUGGCCACGGAGCAGCAGAAGAAGGAGGAGGAGGAGGAGGAGGAGCCGCGAGGACUGAGGAAGGAGUGGUGGAUGAGAUCCUUGAGGUGCUAG